AUGGCGAAGAGAAGCAAGGCCACAGCCACCAACACCAGGUGUCGCUCCAACCCACCAUGGUCAGAUCUCCCGGAGCUCACACUCCAUAACAUCCUCAGCCGGCUCUCCCCCAACGUUGCGGAUUUCCACGCCUUCAGCGGCGUCUGCAAGGCAUGGAGGUCGAUCGCCAAGGCCUCGAAGCAGGAGCUCCUGGCAUCCCAGCCCCCCAUGUUCAUGCUCCGCCUCUGCACCAGCGGAGACCUUCGCUUCCAAAGCAUCACAGACGCAGAUCGCCCCCGGACCAGCCUGCUCCAAGUCAAGACCAAGAACUGCGUCGGGGUCUCCUUCGGCUAUCUCAUCAUCGUCGACAGAUCAUGGCGGCAGCCGUCGCUCGUCGAUCCCUUCACCAGCACCACUAUCCGCAUGCCGAAGCAGUCCUUUCUUAUCCGGUUCGCAAUCCUGACGGCUCCCCCCUCUUCUCCAGACUGCCUGCUCCUGGGCUGGGGUUCGCGCUUGGAUGGGAGUAGAUUUCGAACCAACGCCGUUGCAGCCUGCGAGCUUAAUGGCUCGGCCGGGAUGGUGCAAACCUGUCACCACUCGUUUCGCAGCGCCAUCUUUCGCGACGGCAAGGCCUUCGUUCUGUCGAAUCUCUAUGGAGUUGCGGUCAUGGAUUUGGUGCUUCAUCCUAAGCCAAGGUUAGUAGAAGUCGAGCGCCUGCCUCUACCAGCCCGGGUAUUACACUUGUUGCUAAACGAAUUGAUGCUAACUGAAGUUGGAGGCGAACUCCUGUUAGUGUACAAAGAUCCUCGUGGAAGACUCUUUGUGGAGGCUCAAUCGCUGGACCCAAAGAGAGCAGGCUGGGUGCCAUUAACGAGCUUAGGCGGGCGCGCAUUGUUCUUGAGCUACAACCGAUGCGAGGUGGCGGAGAAUCCAGCAGCAUGGGAUGGUGAAGACUGCAUGUACAUGGUUACUGGAAAUGCAGUGGUGAGGCAGUCGUUGAAGGAUGCAAGCACCAAAGUUCUCAUUGAAUCUUUGCCGCCACGAUACGUCGAUAAGCGUAGGAAUUAUGGUUGGGUUUUUCCGAUUUCAAACUGA